AUGGGACAUAAUAACGGCCAUCGUCGCGACAAUCGCGACACAGUGAUUGACGUAGGUAAGCCGAUGAAUUUCACAGGGGGUCUUGAGUUCUCUAGCCUUACCUACACUGUGACAUCGAAGAAGAAGAUCGACGGGAACUGGAUGAGCAAAGAAGUGGACUUGUUGCAUAGGAUUACUGGUUAUGCGCCUAAGGGGUGCAUCACCGCUGUCAUGGGGCCUAGUGGUGCCGGGAAAUCGACGUUCUUGGAUGGGGUAGCAGGACGUAUUGCGAGUGGCAGUCUCAAGGGCAGGGUGACCUUGGAAGGGGUGGAGAUGAAUGCAAGCUUGAUCAAAAGGACUUCUGCAUAUAUAAUGCAGGACGACCGGCUCUUCCCUAUGCUUACCGUGUAUGAGACAUUGAUGUUUGCCGCUGAUUUCAGGCUGGGGCCACUGUCAACAGCUGACAAAAUGCAGCGCGUAGAGAAGCUUAUCGAGCAGCUUGGCUUGUCUUAUUCUCGAAACACUUACAUAGGUGAUGAAGGGACUCGAGGAGUGUCUGGUGGUGAACGUCGCAGAGUCUCCAUCGGUGUGGACAUCAUCCAUGGUCCAUCUUUACUCUUCCUCGACGAGCCAACAUCAGGACUAGACUCAACUAGUGCCCAUAGUGUGAUUGAGAAGGUGCAAGACAUCGCGCGCUCUGGCAGCACUGUGAUUCUCACAAUCCACCAACCUUCAUCCCGAAUCCAACUGCUUCUUGACCAUCUUAUCAUCCUGGCUCGUGGUCAGCUCAUGUACCAAGGAUCCCCAAAGGAUGUGGCUCUCCAUCUGGGCCGAAUGGGACGCAAACUCCCAAAGGGGGAAAACUCAAUAGAGUACCUUAUUGAUGUGAUACAAGAGUAUGAUCAGUCUGAACUUGGAGUCGAGGCAUUAGCUGACUUUGCUCUUACUGGUAUGAAGCCCCCACCAAUAGCCGAUGAGGAUAUAUCGGUUUCAACGGUCCCACCAUCGCCAACCCCAUCCCGCCAUAACCGUCAUCAGCUGGAAGGUCCGGAUGACAAGGGGAGGGCCGGAAAGCGCCUUCACUUACAAACUGGUACACAGGAUAGAGAUUUUGAUCAUAGUGUUAGAAGUCCUUGGAAUACAUCUAGGUCAUGGAGUGCCAGCCAGAGUGGGGUAAUGCAAACACUGAAGUUUACACCAACUCGGCAGCGUACAGGUCAUAACCUGGAGACCCCAAUGAGUUCAUCUCCAGGCUACUACACCUACUCAAAGGAAAUUCUCUCAGGCACACCAACACCUCAUAGCAGUGACUAUACCGUCAAUGAGAAUGACUACCUGACCCCCAAUAUCGCCCCAACAAAGUCAAGCCAGCAUGCAGGUCCAAAGUUUGCAAAUUCUUUCUUCACCGAGACUUGGAUUCUCAUGCGCCGCAACUUUGUCAACAUUUAUCGCACCCCUGAGCUUUUCCUCUCUAGACUCGUAGUCCUCACUGUCAUGGGCAUUAUGAUGGCCACCAUGUUCAAGAACCCUGAAAAAAACGCACAAGGGAUUACAAAUCGCCUCAGUUUCUUCAUCUUCACAGUAUGCCUCUUUUUCUUUUCUUCCAAUGAUGCUGUCCCAGCUUUCAUUCAAGAACGCUUCAUAUUUGUUCGCGAGACUUCCCACAAUGCCUAUAGAGCCUCUUCCUACACCAUUGCAGGUCUCAUCACUUACCUCCCUUUUCUCGCUCUCCAGGCAGGAGUCUAUGCUGGCAUAGUUUGGUUUGCCUUGGAACUCCGUGGACCAUUCCUCUAUUUCCUGCUUGUUCUCUAUAUGUCUCUCCUUUCUACCAACUCAUUUGUUGUCUUUGUGAGCUCAAUUGUGCCGAACUAUAUACUGGGUUAUGCAGCAGUCAUUGCUUUCACUGCUCUCUUCUUCUUGUUUUGCGGCUACUUCUUGAAUAGCCACGACAUUCCACCAUACUGGAAGUGGAUGAACUGGAUUUCCACUAUGACAUAUCCGUAUGAAGGACUUUUGAUGAAUCAGUAUCAGACGUUCGACAGUUUUGGACAGAACCCAAACGGAGAGGAAGUGAGAGGGAUUGACAUCCUGGCAAAGUUGAAUAUUAAGACUGAGGAAUCUAAGAAGUGGGAAAAGGUUUAUAUAAUGUUAGGUUGGGCUAUUCUAUAUAGGAUUUUGUUUUACAUAAUUCUACGUUUUGGUUCAAAGAAUCAGAGGACAUAGAGAUCAUAAUGGGAGAGGAGUGAUCUUGAAUUUGUUCAUCAAACAUAAUUGUUAGUUCAAAAUGAACUUUGUUACAUAUGUUCUUUCUUCAUUUUUAUGUGAUAAUA